AUGUUUCGCACUUUGAUUAGGGCUCAACAGCAUUUUGCUACUUCCAGAACGAUUUUGAGAUCAUCACAGCGGUUUGCUUCUCGGUCUUCGAACGUUUUCAGGCCUCCGAUGGCAAAGAAGUUUGUUGGUAUCGUGGCAGCUGUUGGAGCUGUAGGCGGUUUCUGCGUUUUGAACCAUGGAUCUGUGAAUUUGGAGACCAAGAAGACCAAGACUGGUCAAAUUGAGGGUGUUCCAGCGUCAGAGAAGUCGGAGAGGUCAGAGAAGUCAGAGAAGACCCCGGGCAACAACGAGGAAACUGGUGAAAAGCCAGAAGGUGAAAACGAAGACGAACCCCAAAGUGCCUACAAUCCAGAAACGGGUGAAAUAAACUGGGACUGUCCUUGUCUUGGCGGUAUGGCCAACGGGCCCUGCGGAGAAGAGUUUAAGCUCGCAUUCUCUUGUUUCGUGUACUCUGAGGCUGAUCCAAAGGGAAUCGACUGUGUUGAAAAGUUUAAAGGCAUGCAGGACUGUUUCAGACGCUAUCCUGACUACUACGCUGAACAAAUCAAAGACGAAGAAGAAGCUGCACAGGCAACAGCAGAAAUGGAGUCCAAGCAUAGUCAAGAAGAAAUGCAACCGGAGGCUCAAAAGACGCCGCCAGAGCUGUCGACUACCGUGUCUCAAGAGCAUGCAGUCUUGGAACCUGUCGCUGAGGAACACGAGUGUCAUUCAACCUCUGACAAAUAA